AUGCUCGAGGCAACCCCCAUCUCAAUCCUAGUCCUGGGUUUCCUCAUCAUUCUUCCCAUCCUUCUAUUCUCCAAAGUACAAGGAUGGACUCACACAGCGCAGUCCACAAUCCUUCCACGCUUAGGCCUACGCCUCUGGCGUCCCCGGCAGUCUAGCGAGAUUAUCUCACUGCGCAUGUACCCAAUUAAGUCAUGCCGUGGCUUCGAGGUCCAGAAAACUCUUCUCAAAGAACAUGGCCUCGAUCUCGACCGCCGCUGGAUGCUCGUCGACGCCAAGACAAAUGAGUUCUUGACGAUUCGUCAGAUCCCCAACAUGACGCGCAUUGGCACAGCUCUUAGCGACGAGGGCCUCGAUCUGAUUGUUACGAUCCCAGAUAUUGGUUCUGAGACCAUGACAACUGUGCGCAUACCUUGCCAUCCGAGUUUGGACUGGUUAAAUAAUAACACGACCAUCGCACCAGUCAAGAUCUGGGACAAUGAUACAGACGGUCACAUCUACAACGAGUCUAUCAAUGCCCCCUUCUCCGCGUUUCUAGGCCGCCCAGUAGCACUGGCAUCUCUCGCCGAAUUAAACUCCCGUCUUCGUCGCAAAGGCGUUGACCCUAUAACCGUUGAACGUUUCAGACCUAAUAUCGUUGUUAGAGGCCAGACGCCUUGGAGCGAGGAUUCGUGGAAGACCGUUCGGAUUAGCGGGGAUGGCAAACCGCUGGAUCUGGAUAUUGUGGCGAGGUGUGCGAGGUGUCAGGUGCCGAAUGUGGAUCCGGAUUCUGCGGUGAAGCAUAAGAAACAGCCGUGGGAUACACUUGUAAGUUAUCGGAGGAUUGAUGAGGGGAUCAAGUACAAGCCAUGUUUUGGAAUGUUGAGUGCGCCGCGCAGUGAAGGGGUUGUCGAGGUGGGCAUGAGGCUGGAGGUGCUUGAGGAGACAAAUGAGCAUCGGUAUAUCACGGGCUUUUGA